UCUGACUGCAACAGGUAGGCGCGACGUCACGCCUCCGUCCUCCUGCUGCGGUCCCUCCUCCCAAGCCGCUGCGCUGCGCUCCAGCUGCUGCCGCCGCUGCCUGGCUGCCGGUGCCUGUCUCUUUCCUAUUCCCCGUACUGCAUGAUAUUUAAUGUAACACCAUGACAGGCAUCGCCGCUGCCUCCUUCUUCUCCAACGCCUGCAGGUUCGGGGGCUGCGGACUUCACUUCGCCACCUUGGCCGAGCUCAUCGAGCACAUCGAGGACAACCACAUCGAUACAGAUCCUCGUGUCUUAGAAAAGCAAGAACUGCAACAGCCAACGUAUGUGGCCCUUAGUUAUAUUAACAGGUUUAUGACUGAUGCUGCUCGUCGUGAACAAGAGUCUCUGAAAAAGAAGAUUCAGCCAAAACUGUCAUUAACGUUAUCAAGCAAUGUGGCCCGUGGUAGUGUGUCCACUCCUCCACGCCACAGCAGCGGCAGCCUUACUCCACCUGUUACACCUCCCAUCACACCAUCAUCUUCAUUCCGAAGCAGCACACCUACAGGCAGCGAGUAUGAUGAGGAAGAGGUAGAUUAUGAAGAAUCAGACAGUGAUGAAUCGUGGACCACAGAAAGUGCUAUUAGUUCUGAGUCCAUCAUGGGCUCCAUGUGCAUGAAUGGAGGAGAUGAGAAGCCGUUUGCCUGUCCAGUUCCAGGAUGUAAAAAGAGAUACAAGAAUGUGAAUGGCAUCAAGUACCACGCAAAGAAUGGCCACAGGACACAGAUUCGUGUCCGCAAGCCCUUUAAGUGCCGGUGUGGAAAGAGUUACAAGACUGCUCAGGGUCUGCGACACCAUACCAUUAAUUUCCAUCCUCCGGUGUCUGCUGAGAUUAUCAGGAAGAUGCAGCAAUAAACUCGCUGGUUCCGACUGUGCCAAGAAAUACUUCACCAGCAAUUGCUGAUUUACCCAUCCCCCGUCCCCGAAAAAGACACCAAUUUUACAAGGGAAAUGUGGUUUUGCUUUUUUUUCAGCCCUUAAAGAAAAACGCGCGCACACACAUACAAAAUGAGAGAAGAGAAAUACACUACAAGUUUGAAUGCAUGCUUAAGUUUUUAUUUUUUGGAAUGAUGUACCUUUGUAGACUUCAUGGUUUUGUACAUUUUGCACAUGUAGCUCUCAUACUGAUCUUAUUCAAACUUUUCACCUAAGGUGCUAAUAUUAUAGGAAAAUGAAAAGUUAUAUACACCCAGGCGCCAGUGGUGGCUUAUUGAGUCAGCGUUGGGCCUGUACAGACUAGACUGUGCCUGGGGGGCGGUUAGGGGGGUGGUGUUCUUGUUAAAGCUGGGGAACAACCAGCACAUUUUGAACAAACUUUCUUUUGUCCACUGGCAGCCCAUGAACCAGCACUUAAAGGUAGAGUUUUCUAUAGAAACAAAGCCCCCAACUGAAUCUGAAUGUCUGUAAUAUAACAUAGAUAACCAAUUUAUAUAUAAAUAUAUAUACUUUUAAAAAAAAGGAGAGGAAUAAAAUGGGGGGAGGGGGGGGGACACAUAUCUGCAGCCUUCACUUUCUCCAACUUUCUAGCACACCGAAAUCAAGCCACUUCAGUUGUUCGGACGUUUCAGAAAUCAUUUUUUUGUUAUGCCACAGGUAGAUCUCUCUAUUCAGAACCUACGUUUUAAAGGCUGCAGUCCUCUCCAUGAUGCCAGUAUUUACAAUUUAUAAUCAUAUACUUCAUCGACUCAAUUGAAAAGCUCCAGGGUCCUUCUCGCCUUUUUAUUCAACAAUUAUAAAUGCUAUCUCAGUGGAAACACAACUGUUUCUCCUUCAUCACCGUGGAUGAAGUGUUUAAGCACUUUGUAGUUGACCGAUUGCCAAUAGUUUCAAUGUUUUUGAGUUGCCAUUACUUGCAGCUGUGGUGCAAACCUGUGGUUGCCGUAAGUGAGAAAUCAUCUUUAUUUACCAAGGAGGUGUUUUGAGCUAUUCUGUAGCCGUUUCUUCUUUUAUUCCAUCGAGUCUCCACGUCACGUUUAUUGUGAUUUCUUAUGUUGUUUUUCUUUUAUCUCUGUGGAGAGAGAUGAUCUUCUGAUUGCCUUGUAUUGUGGGUCACAGCAUUCCAAUGUAAUAUUUCUCUAUAGCUUUACAGUGACGCUGGUCCUGGAAUCUUGUUGCUUGAGCCUUAUAAAUAGAAUUGUAUACAGUAACUUGCAGUGCAAGGGUUCAUUAUUAUUAUUAUUAUUAUUCUAUUGCUGUUUUUUCUCUUUUGCAUUUGGCCCAUUUCUUAAUCAAUUAGGUCACACCUUGAAAACAUCUGCAGUGAACAGACUUCUUUUUUCAACCAUGUUACAUUUGUUUUUUAUCUGUUUUUAAAGUACAAAUACGCGUCAAGUUCUGGUUGUCUUCACAGUCCCUUUGAAGUGUAACUUUCUUUCAUUUUUUUUCCUCCCCUUUUACUUUUAUAAAUCACCCUUAUAACCCCCAAUUGCCCCCUCAUUAUAUGAAUAUGAACAAGCACUGGGGUUCCACUCUUGAGAUGAGCAGAAGGAUUUCACUGCUUUCCUCCUAACUCAGAACUUCUCUGUCUUUUUGGUUAAUUAGAAUUCUCCUAACACUUCAGUGUAUUUUAUGAGAAGCUCCCAGAUGACUCCGGGGGUACAGCUGGGCCGUGACUAGCGUAUUGUUUACUGCCCUUGUGCAGCAUUCAGUGUUAAGGCUGCUCUUCAGCUGAGGGCUGUGGCAUGGGGUCCCUUCUCAAUUCAGCCUCACUUCCCACCCAAAACCCUCACUCCACCACCACCACCUGGCAAGGAGUCAUCUGUGAGAAACUCGGUGGUCUUCAGACAACAUCAAUGGGUCAUUCCUGACACGACCGCGAGUCAUCAGAGAACACCAAAAGAAACGCUAGGCCAAGCCCUGAGCUGCGGCUCCUCUUCACGGGAUUGGUAAGUAGGGUUUCCUGAAACUUUGUCCCUAUUUGGUCAUCUCCAUCCCACUACACACUUUGGCGUGGAUUCAAAAAGAAAAGUGAUAUGUACACUUGGGUCUGGAUUAUUUAGGAAAAUGGAAACAGUGCUGGAUGGGUUUUCUAAACAGUCAUAAAUAUGUCAUCACUGCAUGUAAAUGAAUAUUGUAAUGGAAUUCCAUUUUCUAUUUAGUUUAACUUUGUGACAGUAUUAUAAAACAGGUAAAAUGCGGAGGGGGGGGUGGGGUUACUAUUUUGAUAUACUGUGUAUAGUGAAUGUAAUGUACCGUGUCUGUGAAAGUGCUUUAAAUUAUAUUUUCGUAUGUUUUGUGGAGAACAAUGUACCUUUGUGUAUGAAGGCAACUUGGAAUCGAAGGCAAUUACCGAACUGAAAUUUCUUUCAAAAGCUGCUUUAUAAAUGUAAAUCUGAAUUACAUUUAAAAUAAAAAUAAGAAAAAAUGUCUGUGAAUAA